UCUCCCAGGCAGUGCUCCGAAAUUGGUUUGUCAUAUGCGCCGAGAGCAAAGCUUUGGAAGCAAAAAAUAUAUCGAGCUCUUUGCCGUGGAGAUUUUCAAACAAGACACAUUUAUUGGCAUAGCCUACUCUUUUUUUUUUGCGCUAAUGUGUUUUGCCUUUGAGCUUUUACUUUCGGACGUGAUGUAGUAGUUACUGCACAAGAGGACGUGAUGUGCGCCACUUCUUUUGAGGGACUGUCAUCUGGAUACACAAGGAGACCGUUCUUUCUCCAGCAAUAUCGACAGUACACGGAUCAUACAGACAUGUCCAGCUCUUCUAGCCUACUAUCGGACUUCUGAGAAAAUAUAAGCGGAGUUAUUCGAAAUUAUUAUUUGGAAUCGCCCAUCUUUUCCCUCGACCCUCAGAGGAGACUGAUCUGUGCGCAAGGACGAUAUCAAUUGUGUAAAGAAAAUAAGUGUGAACAAUUUUAUCACUUACACUUUCAAUGGGAGGACUAUUUGAAGGGUAUAAUCGUUUCACCACUGUCUUCUAAAACACGGAUGGGAUAUAUGGUUCUAGUCUCUGAGAUGUGAUGUACUGGAUUUGUAAGGAGCUUUGACGAGAGAAGAACCACUCACAGAUCUAAAGGUGAUAGGAGCAACAUGAAAUCCUACCCCAUUGUCUUACUGGAGGAAUGGCACCCGAUUUAGGAUAGGCUUUGAGAACCGUGAAACCGGACCAUAACAGGACUGCAGUGCAGCGGAAGGAACCUAACAGACGGAGCGCUCGCUUUGGGCUCACCAGGGAAGGCCUGACCCCUCCAUUGGGCGGAUCGACAGCCAGGCGGAGGGGCCAUGUGGUCUGCACGCCUGCUCCUCUUCGCCAGCCUGUUUGCGCCAGCAGCUCUGGCCUUCAGUCGAGCUCCCAUCCCCAUGGCGGUGGUGAGGAGGGAGCUGUCGUGUGAGAGCUACCCCAUCGAGCUGCGCUGCCCGGGCACAGACGUCAUCAUGAUUGACAGUGCCAACUACGGACGCACCGACGACAAGAUCUGUGACGCCGACCCAGCGCAGAUGGAAAAUACACGCUGCUACCUUCCCGAUGCCUACAAGAUCAUGUCCCAGAGAUGUAAUAAUCGGACCCAGUGUGCUGUAGUGGCUGGACUAGAUGUAUUUCCUGACCCUUGCCCCGGAACCUAUAAGUACCUUGAGGUCCAGUACGAAUGUGUACCCUACAAAGUGGAACAAAAAGUAUUCCUGUGCCCCGGCUUGCUGCGAGGGGUGUACCAGAGCGAACACCUCUUUGAGUCAGACCACCAAUCCGGUGCCUGGUGUAAAGACCCCCUCCAGGCCUCCGACAAGAUCUACUACAUGCCCUGGACGCCAUACCGCACGGACACGCUGACCGAGUACUCCUCCAAAGAGGACUUCAUCGCCGGGCGACCCACGACCACGUACAAGCUGCCGCACCGCGUCGACGGCACAGGCUUCGUAGUGUACGACGGCGCUCUGUUCUUCAACAAGGAGCGCACGCGCAACAUCGUCAAGUUCGACCUGCGCACCCGCAUCAAGAGCGGCGAGGCCAUCAUUGGCAGCGCCAACUACCACGACACCUCGCCAUACCGCUGGGGCGGCAAGUCGGACAUCGACCUCGCCGUGGACGAGAACGGCCUGUGGGUCAUCUAUGCCACGGAGCAGAACAAUGGGCGCAUCGUCAUCAGCCAACUGAACCCAUAUACUCUCCGCGUAGAAGGAACCUGGGAUACCGCCUACGACAAGCGCUCGGCAUCCAACGCCUUCAUGAUCUGCGGGAUUCUGUACGUGGUGAAGUCGGUCUACGAAGACGACGACAACGAGGCGACAGGGAACAAGAUCGACUAUAUCUACAACACAGAGCUGAGUAAAGAUGGCUUCCUGGACAUCCCCUUCCCCAACUCGUACCAGUACAUCGCCGCCGUGGAUUACAAUCCGCGGGACAACCUGCUGUACGUGUGGAACAAUUACCACGUGGUCAAGUACUCGCUGGACUUUGGGGCCUUGGACAGUAAACCGGAAUCGUCUUCAUCUGUGAUUGUAUUUAUGGAUACCACAACAACACGGACUACAACUCGACCGACGAUGGUUUCUACGACGACCACAUCAACAACCAGCACCACCACGACCACCAGGGUUUCGGCGAUGACUCCCGUUGCCCAGCGACCGCGACCCACCUCGACUACCCUGCCGCCGCUAUUUCCGCCAGCGGACGGCAAUAUCCCAGAGGGCAAUACAAGGACGUCCCCGUCCUCCAAGCUCCCCAACGUCAGCGUUGACUACUGUAAUCCCAUGAUUAUGUCGGACGUGUCCUGGCCCAAGAUGAGACAGGGACUGGUGGCGAGGCAACCCUGCCCGACUGGAACAAUAGGCGUGGCCAUGUAUCUAUGUAUGGGGCCCGAAGGAUACUGGGACCCUCAAGGGCCCAACCUUAGCAACUGUACGUCCCCGUGGGUCAAUGUAAUCACCCAGAAGCUCAAAGCCGGAGAGACUGCAGCCAUCAUUGCCAGGGAGCUGUCGGAGCAAACCAAGAGUAACCUUCAGGCGGGGGACAUCACCUACACAGUCAAGGCCAUGGGUCAGCUUGUGGACCUACUCGACGUGCAGCUUAGGAACCUUACCCCUGGAGGCAAAGAUAGCGCAGCCCGCAGCCUCAACAAGCUGCAGAAAAGAGAGCGCUCAUGUAGGAUUUACGUGCAGGCCAUGGUGGAGACCGUGAACAACCUCCUUCAGCCCCAGGCCCAGUCGGCGUGGAGGGACCUGAGCACCGGGGAGCAGCUGAGAGCAGCCACAAUGCUGCUGGAUACGGUGGAGCAGGGGGCCUUCAUCCUGGCCGACAACCUGCUCAAGACGGACAUCGUGCAGGAGAACACAAACAACAUCCAGCUGGAGGUGGCCAGGAUGAGUACGGAAGGAAAUCUGCCCGACCUGAAAUUCCCACAGAGUGGCCAAGGCAACUCCAUCACCCUGUCGGCGAGCACUUUGAAACAGCAUGGGAGAAAUGGAGAGAUCCGGAUGGCCUUCGUCCUGUAUAAACACAUCGGUGCCUACCUGUCUACAGAGAAUGCCAGCAUGAAACUGGGCAGGGAAGCCAUGGCCACCAACUACUCUGUCAUUGUCAAUUCUCCCGUCAUCACAGCAGCCAUCAACAAAGAAAGCAACAAAGUCUACCUGUCCGAACCGGUCAUAUUCACCUUGAAACACCUGCAGCAAUCCAAGGAAAGCUUUAAUCCCAACUGUUCUUUCUGGACUUAUUCCAAGAGGACCAUGAUGGGGUACUGGUCGACGCAGGAUUGCCGGUUGCUAGGUACCAACCGGACUCACACCACGUGCUCUUGUACCCACCUGACCAACUUUGCCGUCCUUAUGGCUCACGUGGAGGUCAAGAAUACAGACCCAGUCCAUGACAUGCUGUUGGACGUCAUCACAUGGGUUGGCAUCCUGCUCUCUCUGGUCUGCCUGCUCAUCAGCUUGUUCACCUUUUGCUUCUUCCGGGGCCUCCAGAGCGACCGCAACACCAUCCACAAGAACCUCUGCAUCAGCCUCUUCAUAGCAGAGUCCCUCUUCCUGGUGGGGAUCAACCGAGCUGACCAACCGAUUGCCUGUGCGGUGUUCGCUGCCCUGCUCCACUUCUUCUUCCUGGCUGCCUUCACCUGGAUGUUCCUGGAGGGUGUGCAGCUCUACAUUAUGCUGGUGGAGGUGUUUGAGAGCGAGCACUCGCGCAAACGCUACUUCUACCUGGUGGGCUAUGGCGUGCCCGCGCUCGUUGUGGCUGUGUCGGCCGCCGUCGACUACCGGAGCUACGGCACGGAUCGAGUGUGCUGGCUUCGACUGGACACCUACUUCAUUUGGAGCUUCAUAGGACCGGCAACCUUGAUAAUUAUGCUCAACGUAAUAUUCCUAGGCAUCGCGCUGUACAAGAUGUUCCACCACACCGCCAUCCUCAAACCCGACUCGGGUUGCCUCGACAACAUCAAAUCGUGGGUGAUUGGGGCCAUAGCGCUGCUCUGUCUGCUGGGCCUGACAUGGGCCUUCGGCCUGAUGUACGUCAACGAGAGCACGGUCAUCAUGGCCUACCUCUUCACCAUCUUCAACUCCCUGCAGGGCAUGUUCAUCUUCAUCUUCCACUGUGUCCUCCAGAAGAAGGUGCGUAAAGAGUACGGAAAGUGUCUGCGUACCCACUGCUGCAGUGGCAAGAGUGUGGAGAGUUCCAUUGGCUCUGGGAAGAGCUCAGCAUCCCGCCCACCAGGGCGAUAUUCCACAGGUUCACAGAGCCGGAUCCGUCGGAUGUGGAACGACACAGUCAGGAAACAGUCAGAGUCGUCUUUCAUAACCGGCGACAUCAACAGCUCAGCGUCRUUGAACAGAGGGGCAAUGGCUAACCAUCUUAUAACUAACGCACUCCUCCGUCCCCAUGGCACUAACAAUCCCUAUAACACAUUGCUCGGGGAAUCUGCCGUCUAUAACAACCCGUCAGUGGGCAUGUACAACAUGCAAGACCCCUACAGAGAGACAAAGGGAAUCCUGAACAAUGCCCGGGAUACAAGUGUCAUGGAUACUCUACCACUGAAUGGUAACCACGGCAACAGCUACAGCAUCGCCAGUGCCGAGUACAUGAGCGACUGUGUCCAGAUCAUCGACCGRGGCUACAACCACAAGGAGACCACGCUGGAGAAGAAGAUCCUGAAAGAGCUGACCUCCAAUUACAUCCCUUCCUACCUGAACAACCACGAGCAAAACCGCAACCUCAUGAACAAGCUGGUGAACAACGUGAGCAACGGAGGCAAGGAUGUUAGUCUGGGGGGUAUGGGGAUGGGUGUAGGGAUGGGGGGGAUGGGGAUGAAUGUGGCGCUGGGUUUGGAUGAUCAGUCUUCCUUCCCUCCGCACCUCCACGAUGAGGGUCUGGGCCUGGAGUUGAUUCGGGAGGAGUCCAACGCCCCUCUUCUGCCCCAGAGACCACCAUUUCUGCCGCCCGUGGACAACCUCCACCACAACCACCUCCACAACCAGGGCCUGCCGCAUCAGCCUCCGCUCCCCCACCACCACCACCCAGCCUUCUCCUCGGCCACCACCACCUCGUCCUCGUCCCGCCGGCGGAUCCCGCAGGAAAACAGUGAGAGCUUCUUCCCCCUGCUCACCAACGAGAACACCCAAGACGUGGAGCCCACUUCGCCCAGCUCCCACCCCCACCACCUACACCACCCCAGGGACUCCCUCUACACCAGCAUGCCCGUGCUGGCAGGCCUUCCGGAUACCACAGCUAACGGCACCACCACUGCMCCCCUUGCUGAUAAAGAUGCAGGAGAGGGCCUACCGGCAGAGGGCAAGAGCCCAGAGACCAGCCAGGACGAUGUCUACUACAAGAGCAUGCCCAACCUGGGCUCACGUAACCACCUGCACCAGCUGCACUCCUACUACCAGCUGGGGAGGGGCAGCAGUGACGGGUUCAUCGUGCCCCCCAACAAGGAGGAUCUGCCCCCUGAAGAGGCCACCCAGGAGCCCUYGCACCUGGUCACCAGCCUAUAGGCCUACAGACCCAACCCYCCUGACCCAUUCGCCCCAAUUCCUUAUUGCCGUGGUUCCUGCUUUUUUCCGCCUCCCCUUCGCCCUACGCGUUCCCCUGUUUUUUGUUUUUUUUACUCCGUGUCCCGAAUUUGAAAAGCGAAACUGAUGCCUGUCUCAAUACUGACAGCAAACAGAAUAUUGAAACUGUUAUGUUUUGUGGAUAAUAUGACUCGACUCGGUUAGAUGUUGGAGAAAUCUAUUGAUGUGCAUUUCACUUUUUUUGCGAGAUGCCGAACCUUGUAUUGGAUUGAUGUGUUUUCUCUCAGUGGGAGGGGAGAUGAACACUCGGGACAGCUGGAUCUCGGGCUCUGAAAUGUAUUUUGACAGUCCAAAGGAACUACAAACGGACCCAAAAAACGUUCUGCUACUAGUUGAUGUGUAGAGUUAAAAUCGGAACAAAUCAAGAAUAAGACUAUUUUAUUAUACUUCUGUAUCCAUACUGGCUUUUUAAGGGGGGUUCUUCCUCUGGUGAUUUUGCAGCACAUUUUGUGCUGAAGUGUUCCUGCAAGUUCGACGAAACAKAUUUUGAACAAUGAAGGAAUUUAAAUCACGUGCUUUACAGCAUAUUUUUGGUUUUCUUGUUUUUUUCCUUUUGUCGUAACAAUAAUAACUGUUGAAGAAGAUGGAGGAAAAAAACUAAUAACAGAGAAUUCUGAGGUAUUUCUAUGUAAAUGUACAGAUACUAGCAUUGCACAUAAUAGUAUAAUUUUUGUUCCACCCAAACCUUUGUCUCUGUAAAUGUAGUUGGUUCGGAGCAUUUCCUUUCUGUUGUGCUGGUCUUGAGCAUUAUUUAGCCUUUUCAUUUUUUUCAAGAAACAACAAAACAAAGCAACAAAACUAAAUAACACCAAAAAAAAAUAACAAAACACUUAUUAGCGUACAUAGCGGUGUAACCACCAAUGUUUUCCAAACCAUCUUUAUUUUACAGUUUGAUUAUUUCUUCACUGUGUGGAUAGAAAGAGAAUUCUGGUUCACCCGCCGUAGAAGUGUCAGAAAAGUUAGCCAAGAGUUGGCCUGCAGAGAGAAAGCUAUUUUCUUUCCUCAUCAGUUAAGAGACAGGUGCUUCUCAGAGAGAAAGCUAUUUUCUUUCCUCAUCAGUUAAGAGACAGGUGCUUCUCAGAGAGAAAGCUAUUUUCUUUCCUCAUCAGUUAAGAGACAGGUGCUUCUCAGAGAGGAAGCUAUUUCUUUCCUCAUCAGUUAAGAGACAGGCGCUUCUCAGAGAGGAAGCUAUUUCUUUCCUCAUCAGUUAAGAGACAGGUGCUUCUCAGAGAGGAAGCUAUUUCUUUCCUCAUCAGUUAAGAGACAGGUGCUCCUCAGAGAGAAAGAGAACAAAUUGAAUAUCAAUAAGCACUACAAAACAGAACUUUGAGUGAGGAAAAACAACUGGAAAUAUAUUUAUUUGUUUGUUCAAAUGACAAAAUUCAGUGAUAAAUGGAGGUAAAGAACUCAGCAGCACAGAGUAGUUUUUAUUAUGAGUAUGAUUAUGGCUUUUAAUUUAUUCAUUUUUGUAUGGGUUUCCAAGUUGAAUGACCUCAUAACUAAUAUUUGUUGUAACAGUGAAACUUGUUUGCCAACAAAUAAAUUACUGAUUAAGAUUUACCACGUA